AUGAAGUACCCUCUGUCACCACUGGUGAGCGACCUCACAUUUUCUUUCCUGGUUUUCUGGCUCUGCCUGCCUGUGGGUUUGCUGUUGUUCCUGCUGAUCAUCUGGCUACGCUUCCUACUUAGCCAAGAUUCAGAGGAAAAUGACUCAGACUUAUGCUUCAAUUGGGAGCCCUGGAGCAAAAGCCCUGCCAAGUUUUACUGGGAGGGGACACUCCAGAGCCAAAAGGAGGAGAGGCUCUGCUGGUGA